AUGGAGGUUCCAGAAGCACCAAAGUGGAUAUCGCCCCCAUCGCAACGUCAGGAUUCCUCGACAGACACCUCGCCAUCUUCUUCAAUCUCGGAAAAUGCGGACGCACAAUAUGGAGUUGCCAGUGCUCUGUCGCAAACCGUCACUCCCCAAAUCUCGCGUAUGUCACGCCCUCCCCUAUCAACAAGAGUCACCCCCAUGGAGAGCGCAAUGACACGGGAUCCUUCGUUCGAGGUGGAUUGGGAGGAUGACGAUCCGAACAACCCACGUAACUGGCCAACAUGGUACAAGGGCAUCAUCAUCUUCGCCAUAUCCUUUAGCACAUUGGUCGUCGUUCUAUACUCUACCUCCUACACGUCGGGGAUUUAUGCAUUGCAAGAAGAGUUUGAUGUAUCCUCCGAGGCCAUCGUGACGCUUGGCGUAACGACUUACCUCUUAGGUCUUGCUGUCGGUUCGCUCAUACUUGCACCGAUCUCGGAAACUUAUGGUCGAAAGCCAGUCUAUGCCGUUGCCAUGAUCAUCUUCUGCAUCUUGGUCAUACCGUGUGCCCAAGCAACCAGUAUGGCUGAAAUUAUUGCCGUCAGAUUCUUUGGUGCUGUUGCUGGAAGUUCUAUGAUAGCCAAUGCGCCGGGCACGGUUGGCGACAUCGUCUCGGACGAGUACCGAGCCUUGGCUUUCAGCAUUUGGAGCAUUGGACCCUUGAAUGGACCGGUCGUCGGCCCGGUCAUCGGCGGAUUUGUCACAGAGUACCUUGGUUGGCGGUGGGCAAACUGGAUUGUACUCAUCCUCGGAGGCAUUGCCACCGCGCUCAUGUGGAUCAUCAAAGAAACCUAUUCUCCUACUCUACUUCAGAAGAAGGCCAGGUUGAGAAGAAAGGAAAGCGGCGAAGAGAGGUACUGGUCGCGCUACGAUCAGCGACUGAGCUUCAUCGAAUUGAUGAAGGUCAACCUGAGUAGGCCAUUCAUCAUGGCGAUUAAAGAGCCCAUCUGCAUCUUCUGGAAUGUCUACAUUGCAAUCAUCUACGGUAAUCUCUCCCUUGCCUAUCCCCCGCUCACCCGCCUCCCCUCACUUACAUGGCCACACCGACCAGGCAUCCUCUACCUCUGCUUCGUCGCCUACCCGAUCGUCUUCCAAGGCAGCCGGCACUGGAGCCUCGGCUUCUCCGGCCUCGCAUUCACCGGCAUCGGAAUCGGCAGCAUGCUGACCAUCUGCCUCGAACCCUUCAUCCGACGCAUGAUCAACCGGCACGCCCCCGAACCCGGCAGCGACCGGCCGCCACCGGAAGCCAGCAUCUCCAUCGUCUGCAUCGCCGCCGUGCUGUGCCCGAUCGGCGAGCUCUGGUUCGCGUGGACGUGCGUGCCGGCCUCGAUCCACUGGGCCAUGCCCAUCCUGGCCGGCAUCCCCUUCGGCGCCGGCAACACCGCCGUCUUCAUCUACGCCUGCAACUACCUCAUCCACUCGUACGGCAUCUACGCCGCCAGCGCCAUGGCGGGCAACUCGCUCGUCCGCAGCCUGUUGGGCGGCACGCUGCCCUUGGCCGGACCGCCCUUGUAUGACGCGCUCGGCGCCAACUGGGCCGGCACGCUGCUGGGCGCCUUGGAGAUCCUGAUCAUCCCCAUUCCCUUUGUGUUUUAUCGCUACGGCGCCAAGAUUCGCAGGAGGAGCGCGCUGAUUCGCAGGAUGAGGGAGGAUCAGGAGAGAGGUGAGAGGAAGAGGGCGAAGGCCAAGGAGAAGAUUGGCGUGGAGGAGAAGGCGGAGGUGGGAGUGGAGGCCGGGUUGGGGUUAUCGGACGCAAGCUUCAAGAAGGAGUAUGAGGUUUAG